CAAAACAUAUACCGGUAGUUCUAUUCUUUUGGGUAACCACAUUCCACAAUCCAUCCCGCAUUGCUUCUCUGCAUUGUCAGUCCACUUCAUCCGCGUUCUUCAUAGAACCGGUAUUCUUCGGAAAUGAAAGCGCAUCAUGCAUAUCUUGUGAUUCUAUCGGCUUUGGCUCUUAUCGCAGCGGUACAUGGCGAAGUUACCUGGUAUAACAUUAGCGGUGUGCAAUUUCUGGAUCCUGUUGACGUGUGCGGAAACUUAAAUGACUCCAUCCUAGCCGUAUUGAAAAUGGAGAAGUCGGCAGUGUGCGAACAGUUGCGAAGUCUGCGUGCCCGUCAAUUUGCCCGCGAUUGGGAUCGUUUGAUUCAACUCCUCGAAGACGCAGCGUCCCUUAACAGUACUCCACAAAGCCUCCCCACCGUCAACGGCAACAACCCAACACCGAUCCACCGCGGCCCGCGAUGGUGGAUGGAGCCAUGGUACAGACGAGUCAUCCCCGUCCUGCAGCUGAUGUAUGAAGUGUACCCACUUCCUAUGACAAUUCUGAUGAUCGUGGGUCUAGCCUGUCUGUCCUUCUGCCUCCUGACAGCGUGUGAGGAUUUGCUGAACGCCAUGGACGAAUGCGUAGGCUUCGAGAAAAUCAAGCUGCUGCUAAAAUGUUUGACUAUCAUAGCACUUAUGACGCUGGCAUUUAAUGUCCUCAUGCAGUUUACCUACAUUGUCUUAACGCUGGCUGAAAUAUACGUUGAAAACCGCUAAAGCGGCCUAGUAUUCCGAAUUUGUUGCUAUUUGGAAGCAUACCAGUUGUACCUUUCAGUACCUGUCAUCGCCUGGCCUGCGUUACCGACAUUUAUAGAUUUAUAAUUGAGGCGCUAUUGCAUGGGUGCGAGUACGACCUCCAUCUUUCUACAGUUAUCUAAUCGGUUUACCGUAUUGUGAUUUUUUUAUCCGCUUGCCAUUGCCAUGUCAUAACUGCAGAUCUGUCUUGAACUGUGCAUGCUGUUUCCCGGUAUAAUUAAUUGCAGUUUUAUUUCUUUUG